UGAAAUAAAUUAAAGAAAAAGCCCAGCAAGAACAAGCGGAGCUGUAGUCAGAGAAACGUGGAAGGAGAUGAUGUCUCCUACAUUCUCACUCUCUUGCAUGUCAAACUGGUUAUGCCCUCUCCAUUUUCCAGAUUUUGCCAACACUUCCACUUUCAGGCUUCGUUGCUCCCAGGAAAGAAGCCUUGCACCGCCUUCUGUAACUUCUGUUGGGCAAGAUGAAAGCAUUGGAAGAAUAGCAAUCAGAAACGACCACGUUUUGAGGAACAACUCUCCGGUGCUUCAACAAAAUGGCCUACCUCCUCUAGUUAGUGCAUUGAAAGCUUCGGCUGAGCAAAAUGUUGCCAGUUUUCACUUUCCUGGACAUAACAGAGGGCGUGCUGCGCCCGCUUCGUUGACUCGGCUCAUUGGAACAAGACCAUUUGUUCAUGACUUGCCCGAGCUUCCGGAGCUUGACAACCUCUUUUGCCCACAGGGUCCCAUAUUAGAAGCACAAACUGAAGCAGCCAAACUGUUUGGAUCGUCGCAGACAUGGUUUCUUGUUGGAGGUACUACUUGUGGGAUACAGGCAGCAAUAAUGGCAACCUGUUCUCCGGGGGAAUUUCUCAUUCUUCCAAGGAAUUCUCAUAUAUCAGCUAUAUCUGCUUUGGUAUUAUCUGGUGCAGUGCCUAAGUACAUCGUUCCUGACUAUGAGAAUGAUUGGGACAUUGCUGGUGGUGUCACUCCAUUACAGGUAUUGAAAGCCAUACAAGAACUAGAAAUGGAAGGGAAAAAAGCAGCAGCAGUCUUCAUCACCUCACCUACUUAUCAUGGUAUUUGCAGCAAUUUGAGUGAGAUUUCUGAGCUGUGUCAUUCUCAUAAAAUUCCUUUGCUUGUUGAUGAAGCUCAUGGUGCACAUUUUGGAUUUCAUACUGAACUGCCUAACUCAGCCCUCCAGCAAGGAGCUGAUCUGACUGUACAGUCUACUCACAAAGUUCUAUGCUCUCUGACUCAGUCAUCUAUGCUGCACAUGUCGGGAAAUAUUGUAGAUAAGGAAAAAAUUUCUAGAUGUCUCCAAACUCUUCAAUCCACAAGCCCUAGUUAUCUGCUUUUGGCAUCCCUGGAUGCUGCUAGAGCUCAACUUAGUGAAAGCCCUGAUGUUGUAUUCAACCAAGCAAUGGCAUUAGCUUAUGAGGCAAAGUGCACGCUAAAACGAAUCCCUGGUAUAUCAGUGCUUGAGAAUUCAAGCUUUCCAACCUUUCCUGCAAUUGAUCCAUUGCGUCUCACUGUGGGUUUUUGGAAGGUUGGUUUAUCAGGUUACGAAGCAGACGAAAUCCUAUAUGGAGAUUACGGGGUCGUCUGUGAACUUGUUGGGAAUAAAUCUAUUACUUAUGCAUUCAAUCUUGGAACUUGUAGGGACCAUGUCCAAAGGCUUUUAUCAGGAAUAAAGCAUUUGGCUGCAACAUAUGUUACCAUUCAGCAACCUGAAGAGAGAGUGCUUACAGUUCAUGCACCCUUUGAUGAUAAAAUCACGAGUUUGAUCCCUAGAGAUGCCUUUUUUGCAAGUAAAAGAAAAGUAACGAUAGAGGAGAGCAUCGGUGAGAUUUCAGGGGAGCUUAUAUGUCCAUACCCUCCGGGCAUACCAGUAUUAAUCCCCGGCGAGGUUAUUACCAAAAAAGCUGUUGAUUAUCUUUUUCAUGUUAGGAGUAAAGGUGGUGAUAUUACUGGAGCAUCUGAUCCCUUACUUUCUUCAAUAGUUGUUUGCAAUGUAUAGUAAGUAAAUCAGCUGGGCUGAAGCAUCUUGAAGUUGAAACUUCCCAAGUGGACUUUGGUCUUUCUGCACACCAUACGGUUAGACAAAGAUUUACACAGUUGGAGGAAUUCUCAAGUUGGUAGCAACUACUAAUGGCUGUACUAAAGUCGGUAACUAUUCUCUCAUUUUAAUGGGUAAAAGCAAAAUAGUUUUGAAUUUUCGUCUCUUGAAAAUUCUGCUGGAUUCCCCGAGCGUUAAAUGUAGUUCCAAACCAUUGGGAAAGAAAUGUCAUGACACAGGGCAAUAUAGCGUCAAUCCUUAUCGAAGGACUGAAAUUAUGGGCAAAGCUCAGAAGCAAACCAGCAACUACCUGGAAAAAGCCAUAAAUAUAAAAAGAAAAUGACAACUAAUUGAAUUUUUAAGUUUAUAUUUAGAGAAUGUUAUGGAAGAAUAGAAGGAUUGAUUUAUAUAAAAUUUUCAUGAUUUUUAUGUCAUUGUCCAUAUGGUGACAGGAAAAGUCAAAUCUUGAGAAGUUAAUGCUUGAUACCAGUCUAAUGUAUAUGCUCGUCCUGGCCAUCAGUAAUUGUUUCUGUUCUAAAUUUUCAAGAUUGGAUAAGUCCAUCUGAAAUUCCAACGAAAUUUCAGCCAUGUUAACAAAUUCCAAUUCUUAUUUAUUUUUGGUUAAAUUAUUCA